AUGUCUUCUGCAUCCAACGUGCUAGUUGCCAGCAGCAACGGCGAGAGGUCCAUCGCUGGCCAGCCAUCGGCCAUGCUGGAAGAAUAUCUCUCGAGCCCCCCGACCAUUACGGAAAACCUUCAUCGCCAGGCCGUCACAGGCGGAAAGACGUCCAAGAGGUCCAAGAAGAACAAGAUCAGGAACGAUCUCGACAAGUGGCAGCGUUCGUGGGAUGAAUCGGGAUCGUCCAAAAGCUGA